AUGUCUAAAGAACCAAUCUCAUUAAGAGUAAACGCUGCAUUAUUUGACGUAGACGGUACAAUUAUCAUAUCACAGCCAGCAUUAGCUGCCUUCUGGAAAGAUUUCGCAGAAGACAAACCUUAUUUCAACGCAGAACAUGUCAUCCACGUAUCUCACGGUUGGAGAACUUUCGAUGCCAUUGCCAAAUUCGCUCCAGAUUUCGCCGAUAGGGACUAUGUAACUAAAUUAGAGGGUGAAAUUCCAAUUAAAUUUGGGGAACAUUCUAUUCAAGUUCCAGGGGCAGUUGACUUAUGUAAUGAUUUGAAUAAAUUGCCCAAAGAGAAAUGGGCCGUUGCUACUUCAGGUACGUUUGAAAUGGCUUCCAAAUGGUUUGAAUUGUUGGGCAUUAAAAGACCUACUUAUUUCAUUACUGCUAAUGAUGUCAAGAAGGGGAAACCAAACCCUGAUCCUUAUUUAAUGGGGAGGAAUGGGUUAGGUUAUCCCAUUAAUGAGAAGGAUCCAUCAAGAUCAAAAGUUAUUGUUUUUGAAGAUGCUCCUGCAGGUAUCGCGGCUGGGAAGGCUGCUGGUUGUAAGAUAGUUGGUGUUGCAACUACUUUUUCUUUGGAUUAUUUGCAAGAAAGAGGAUGUGAUAUAAUUGUUAAAAACCAUGAAUCAAUAGAAUUGGGAGUAUAUGAUGAGGAGAAAGAUGAAAUAGAAUUUAUCUUCCAUGAUUACUUGUUCGCGAAGGAUGAUUUAUUAGAGUGGUGA